AUGGAUAUUGGAGGUGCUCAAACUACCGGAUAUACGGAUCAAACUGGAGGAUAUGGAGCAGGUGCUGCUGCAGGAGGUGCUGCAGCAGGAGGUGUUUCUGCAGAUGGUGCUGCUGCAGGAGGUUUUACGGAUCCUACAGCAGCAGCAGGUGCUGCGGGAGGUUAUGGAGGAGGUGCCGCGGGAGGCGCUGCAGGUGGAGGUUAUGCAGAUACUUCAGCAGGAGGUGCUGCAGGUGGAGGUUAUACCGAUACUUCAGCAGGAGGUCCUGGAGGUGGAGGUUAUACAGAUUCUUCUGCAGGAGGUUAUUCACAAGGUACUGCAGGAGGCACUGCAGAUUCUUCAUCAGGAGGUGAUGCAGGAUCGACAGGAGAUACAGAAGGAACAGGAUUAACAGAGAAACAGGAAGGUUCAGACAACAAGGACGCAAUAAUCGCAGGAGGAGCAGGACUAGCAGCAGGAGCAGGAAUAGCUGCAGCAAUUGUGCAUCGCAGGAAUAAAAAAAAAUUACAGCAAGCGCAACUUGGAAAUGCUGGAUUUGGACAUGAAGCAUAUGGACAUCCUAGAUUUGAACAUCCUGGACAUCCUGGAUUCGAACAUCCUGGGUAUUCUAGAUUUGAGCGUCCUGGGUCUUCUAGAUAUGGUCCACAUCCUGAACCUUUUGGAUAUGGUUCCCGUCCUGGGCCUUCUGGAUAUAGUUCGCAUCCUGGAUCUGCUGGUCCAGCACAUCAUUCUGAUGAACAUGGCGCACAUCCUGCACAUGAUGAACAUGGUACACAUUCUGGACAUGGUGAACAUCAAGCACAUUCUGGUUCUGCUGGACACGGUGCACAUUCUGGACAUGAUACGCAUGGUACACACAUAACAGUUGAACAUACUGUACAUCAUCAUAGUUAUCAUAAGCCUGAACAUGAAUCGCAUGCAGCACAUGUGCAUCAAUCUCAUCCAGAACAUUCGCAUGAAUCUCAUGCAACUCAUCCGCACGAAUCUCAUCCAGCCCAUCCCCAUGAAUCACAUCCAACACAUCCCCAUGAAUCACAUCCAACACAUUCGCAUGAAUCUCAUUCAGAACAUGCGCAUGAAUCUCAUCCAGCACAUGCGCACGACUCUCAUCCAGAACAUGCGCAUGACUCUCAUCCAGCACAUGAACAUAAGGAAAAUCAUCAUAAACAUGAACCUCAACACCAUCCAGUUCAUGCAGCAUAA